UUUGACGCGGACAGCAGUUCAACUGUUGCACACAGCGGAGCGUGAAUAUUUCCCAACUCCAGAGGGUUUCCUAAUGCCGGAGUAGAAAAUGUUGUUCACUCCGACAGGUUUACCUGAAUGUCUACGCGAAUGGGAGGAUUUAGAGAAGAACUACCAACAAAUUCAGGACACACAUCGUCUAUAUAAACAGAAACUUGAGGAAGUGACCAAACUGCAGGACAGCUGCUCGAGUGCUAUAGCACGUCAGAGGAAGAAACUUAAAGAGCUCACUGCGUCACUAGAAGAAUGCAAAGACAACCAUCCAACACCCAAAUUAAAUCCAGAGGAUGUGGACACCAUUGCUGAAAUCCAGGACUCCAUCAAAGACAGAGCAAAUGCUUUCUCUGAGAUGGAGGCUUUUCUGCCAAAAAAGAACGGGUUAUACCUCACUCUUGUUUUAGGAAACGUGAAUGUUACACUCCUCAACAAACAGUCCAAAUUUGCUUACAAAGAUGAAUACGAGAAGUUUAAGCUGGUCCUUACGGUCAUCCUCUUCGUGUUCUCCUUCACAUGUCGCUUCUUGUUCAGCUACAGAGCCCUUGAUGCCCUGUUCAACUUCCUGUUGGUGUGGUACUACUGCACGCUCACCAUCCGGGAGAGUAUCCUCAUCAGCAACGGCUCAAGGAUCAAGGGUUGGUGGGUUUUUCAUCACUACGUGUCGACCUUCCUGUCUGGAGUCAUGCUCACCUGGCCUGAAGGUGCUCUGUACCAAAUGUUUAGGAACCAGUUCCUAACAUACUGUCUAUACCAAAUAGGCUUUGUCCAGUUUCUCCAGUACUACUAUCAGAGCGGCUGUUUGUACAGACUGCGAGCGCUGGGAGAGAGACAUAACAUGGACCUCACAGUGGAGGGUUUCCAGUCCUGGAUGUGGAGAGGGUUGACCUUCCUCCUUCCUUUCUUGUUUUUUGGUCAUUUUUGGCAGCUCUACAACAGCAUAACGCUCUUCAAGAUGUUUCAGCUCCCAGAGUGUAAAGAGUGGCAGGUUGCGAUGUGCGGCUGCUCCUACAUGGUGCUCUUCAUGGGAAACUUCUUCACCACGCUGGGAGUGGUUUACCAAAAAUACAUGAACAACCAGGACAAGCCAAAGAGCUUAUAAAGCCUGAACAGAAAAAUCACCAAAAAUACUCCUGUUUCUGAAAUGUGCAAAGUUACCAUUGGCUCUAAUGUUCUCUUUAGAGCUCUUUAUCUAUGUUAUGGUUGUCCUAGUGGAUCAUUUACAUUUCCUGCGACUUUUAUCAAUGUUGGUUUCAUUUGUGUGAAAAAUUAUGGUCAAAGCAAUUCGUUGUACGGGUCGGCCAAAGAUGUUUUCACAUUGACCUGUCCAAGAAAAAUAAGUACCCUCCAGGUCUUUCCUAUUGAGGCUGUAAGGUUGUGUAUCAGGAUGAAUUGUACAACUCUGUUGAGGAAAUGUUACUGAAUGGACACAGUAAUGGGGUUUGCAUCAUAUUUAUUAAGGGUCUGUUACUCAAGAGCUGCUUUGUAUUUUAGCCUUACAGAAAGUGCUUGAUUAAAACACUCCUCCCCAAAAAAAA